AUGGACCAGGCGACCGUCCUUUACGGCGGGCUUGUCCUUGCAGUCGGUGGUUUGGUCUUGCUCUACGGUGCCCUAAUAUUCUGGUCGCCUCCCCCAAUAAUCACACAUGACUCGGAACGCAAGUACAAGUCUCGAGUAUCGCCCACGAAACCGCUGCCUCUCAGUAGACUGGAGGAUCCGAGCACGGUGGACCUCACCAUCGUCGUCCCCGCGUUCAACGAGAAGGAACGGCUACCGGUGAUGAUGGAGGCUACCAUCCAGCACCUCUCAACAUGUAAAACACCCUCCUUAAACCAACACACCAAGUCCAAAUCGAAACCACGCGUAAACGGGUCGGCGGUGACAAAUCGGUCUGCUUCCUCGACAACCACCUCCUCCGGUCCUGGCGGUCGCACAGUCGAAAUUAUCAUCGUCGACGAUGGUUCUACAGACGGGACCUCGGACGUUGCCCUCUCCCUUGCCAAGAAGUAUGCCCAAUAUGACAUCAAAGUUGUCACCCUCGAGAAGAACAUUGGGAAAGGCGGCGCUGUGCGACACGGUAUGCUGCAUAGUGCUGGUGAGAGGUUGCUAAUGGCCGACGCGGAUGGGGCGAGUCGGAUUGAGGAUCUGGAACUCUUGUGGAAGGAGAUGAACGGGCUAUCAGGGGAGGACAACGCCCCUGCUGUUGUAGUGGGUAGUCGAGCGCAUUUGGUGAAGACUGAAGCUGUUGUGAAGCGCUCGCUGAUCCGCAAUAUCCUCAUGUACGGCCUGCACACCAUCCUCCGCAUCGUCGGUGUAGGCCACAUCCGCGACACCCAGUGUGGCUUCAAACUCUUCUCCCGUUCCGCUGCUCAACAUAUCUUCCCGGCCCAGCACCUUCCCACCUGGAUAUUCGACGUCGAACUCUUACUCCUCGCAAAGCAGCUCCGGAUUCCUGUUAGUGAAGUUCCCAUCGAAUGGCAUGAGGUGGCAGGGAGCAAGUUGAACGUUGUCACUGCCUCGGUGCAGAUGUUGAGAGAUUUGUUGAUUGUGAGGGCGAAUCAUUUGUUGGGAGUGUGGAAGGCGACACCGGUCAAGAAGAAAGCGUAG